GAUAUGCAGCUUCCUCAUCUCCUCAACUUAAGCCAAUUCAAUAGGUUGAUCUUCUUACCCAAAAUGCAUUUCUCUUAUCUUUCCUUGUCGACUUGGACAACCCUAAUAACAUUGGGUUUUCUUAUGCUUCAAUCAUCUAAGUCCAGUGCUCAACUAACCCCUACCUUCUACGACAGUACAUGCCCUAGCGUCUUUACCAUCGUUCGGGACACCAUCGUAAACGAGCUCAGAUCAGAUCCUCGCAUCGCUGCAAGCAUCCUUCGUCUUCACUUCCACGACUGCUUCGUUAAUGGCUGCGAUGCAUCGAUUUUGUUAGACAACACAACAUCCUUCCGAACAGAAAAAGAGGCGGCUCCAAAUGCAAACUCGGCUCGAGGAUUUCCAGUGAUUGAUAGGAUGAAAGCAGCAGUUGAGACAGCAUGUCCAAGGACCGUAUCAUGCGCAGAUAUGCUUACCAUCGCAGCCCAACAAUCUGUAAAUUUGGCAGGAGGUCCUUCUUGGAGGGUUCCUUUGGGGAGAAGAGACAGCUUACAAGCAUUUUUUGAUCUCGCUAAUGCAAAUCUUCCCGCUCCAUUCUUCACGCUUCCACAACUUAAGGCCAGCUUUAAUAAUGUUGGACUUGACCGUCCUUCGGAUCUCGUUGCACUCUCUGGUGGUCACACAUUUGGUAAAAACCAAUGCCAAUUUAUUAUGGAUAGGCUAUACAACUUUAGCAACACUGGUUUACCCGACCCUACUCUCAAUACUACCUACCUCCAGACACUUCGUGGACAAUGUCCACGUAAUGGUAACCAGACCGUCUUGGUGGAUUUCGAUUUACGUACACCGACGGUUUUUGACAACAAAUACUAUGUGAAUCUAAAAGAGCUAAAGGGACUUAUCCAGACCGACCAAGAAUUGUUUUCCAGCCCUAAUGCCACUGACACAAUCCCGUUGGUCAGAUCAUAUGCUGAUGGCACCCAAAAGUUCUUCAAUGCUUUUGUGGAAGCAAUGAAUAGGAUGGGAAACAUUACACCUCUCACUGGAACUCAAGGACAGAUCAGACAGAAUUGUAGGGUGGUCAACUCCAAUUCGCUCCUACAUGAUGUGGUUGAAAUCGUUGACUUUGUCAGCUCUAUAUAAUAUAACAAUAGUUGUUUCCAUACAUGGGGCAACCAAAAAUAUAUGUUUGCGUGAAAAUAAAAUGUUCUCAAAACGUUAAUAAAGAGCAUUUCGUUCCUUUUUUCUUA